AUGUCUCCCCGUGGCACUACGAGCUGGUCGGAGCGAGAAGAAGAGAGCCUUCUUCCCUGGUUGGAUGAGAACCGCGCAUUGCCGUGGAAAGCCCUUCCGGAGGCAUACAGUGAGAAAUUCGGUGUGAAUCGUACCGUUGAGUCACUACGUGGGAAAAAAUACCAUAUCCUGCGGAAGAAAGGUUGCACAAACGCCCGAUCUCUGAACACUCGAGGUCGCCGUAAACGACCAGGGCCACCAGGGCCAAGACGCCGCGCGGUUGAAAAGAAGGCUUCACACUCAGACGCCAUAGUCAAAGCUGCACCACACAGCAACAUUGACCAGUGGUUCGAGACAAUCCUCACUUCUGAAUUGUUUUCUGCUGAUAGCAGCGAAUCAAUGCUCGAAGAAGGCUCGAUUUCAGGUAUGAGGCCCAAAAUCAUGUCUAAAUGCAUGCUAAUCUCUCGCAUAGAUCACUUGAAGCCAGCGCUGACGAGUUCACUUCCCAAGACAUCACGAUCAUCAUCGUGGAUCUGGGAAUAUGUACAUCGUGUCUGCGCUAUUGGGAAGGUGAAUCUGUAUAGUUAG